GUAUAUAUUCAGCAACCCGCCAUAGUUCCGCAGCUCUCCAUCUGCCCUGCAGCUUUUUCCGGCGACAUAUCAAUACUCGUUGUUUGUUGAGCUUUAAGAAAGCUUAUCAAGAUGCAGAAUGAAGAAGGACAAAACAUGGAUCUUUACAUUCCCAGGAAAUGCUCUGCAACAAAUAGGCUGAUUACCUCAAAGGAUCACGCCUCUGUGCAGAUUAACGUUGGACAUUUGAAUGAGAAUGGUGUGUAUGUGGGAAAUUACACCACUUUUGCUCUUUGCGGCUUUGUUCGUGCUCAGGGGGAUGCUGACAGUGCUUUGGACCGCCUGUGGCAGAAAAAGAAAGCUGAAAUAAGACAGCAGUAGAAUGAGAGUUUUUAGUCAGUUUUGGCUAUACUUAAUUUGUUGAGGGAUAUGCCCAUUUUUCAGUCUUAAAAAACUAAUUAGGUCAAAUGAUCCUUGAAGAACAUAUGUUGAGAAUUGAGAUGACACUUUUUGUUUUCAACUUUUGCGUUUGGUAAUUUGGAUCAUUCUUCUUUGCAGUCUACUA